CAGUGUUGACACUGCCGUGCCGAUUUCGAUGCCCUUCCCUGUCUUCCCUCCCCCACUCCGCUUGGCCCCCUUUUCCUUAGUGGUCCUUUCUUUCCCACCCCCCUUUUAUUUUUUGUUCCCUUCUAAAGAAGCUAGGGAAUAUCUUAAAGGAAAAAAAUAGCAUUUUCUUUUUCUUUCCCUCCUGCCCAGCUCGGUAAAAAUGCUAAACAAUCGGCCGACGUCCAUAUUUCACAAGCUUUUUUGGGGGGAGGAAGAAGGUGGGCAGAAAACGGAGGCGCCCGUGGGGUCGGAGUCACAAAGCUGGCUGCCCACGAAAGGGAUUAUUUUCGCAGCUAAAUGUUUUCGAGCUGAUGUUUUUCUUGUUUUCAGUCAAGAAGCAAGUUGCCUGGUCCUUGCGUUUGCUUGCAUAAUGCGUCGUACUUGGAGGCUGAUCAAACGCUGGGUUCUGCCUUUCCUGCCUGGCUCUUCCUCCUUCCCUUCUCCCGGGGGGCUGGGUCGUGGCACAAGUUCCAGGGGGCUGCUGGCGCUGGGGCUCCCGGCUGCUGCCCCGGGGAUCCGGGCAAGGGAAGGAACCCAGGCCGGGGCUCUCGGCAGACCUGCAGGCCUGUCUUCCUGUGUCCAACUUUUUUAUUGUUCCCCCUUCCCCCUUCCGAGUGCUCGGGCUCUCCGGCAGGCGGGGGUUUGCUCGGCUCGGCAGUCCCAAAGUCUAGACGGGGAACCGGAAAAUAAUAGGGGAAAGAAUGGAAAGUUAUGUCAAGGGCUUUGGGGGAAAAACAUCGACGUAUCGAACAAAGGUCCUGCCUGUGUUGGAGAGAGAGGCCUGCAUGUGAGGCCUGAUUGUGUCGCAUUUACACACGGGGAAGAAAUGAGUGCUUGGUACUGGCCUAAAUUUAUUCUGUAA